AUGCUGAAAGGCUACGAGGCGGUUCUCAUGGCCAUGCUAAUAGAAAAGUUUGCACUGAGCGCGCGGGAGCACAGAAUAAACAGCGCUGUCUACGACAUUGUGGUGUCAAACAAAAGCGUGCUUGCUGUUGUGAGAAGCCUGGUGGACGCUUCGCCGGGCGGCGGCCCGGCUUUUGCGUUCGGCGCGCUCCUAAGAACGGCGCUGCACCAGGCAAAGUUUGUCGUUUUGUGCGCCUUUGUUUUUUUGAUUCGCUUCUGCACCCGGUUUAUUGUAAUGAAAAUACCCAUUGUUGUGUAUUUAGUUGCCUUUGACUACUUUGACUGCAGGUUCUAUAAAAUAGCAAACUCCAAGGGCAUGCACGACGCCAUUGUGUUCACGCUUCUCUGCGUGCUUCUUGCAUACUGCGCAAGGUGCACUGUGCAAGAGGCGAUUGUUUUCAGAGGCAUGUAUUUUCAAAGUAGCAGUGAGAUGAUAAUGGACAAAUAA